AUGGCGACCGAAAAAUACCCAGAGGACCUCAAACAAACUACCUCCCUCCAGCCAGGGACAAUAAACGACACAUCAACAGCUGAAGCUCUAACCCUCUACCACAAUGCCGAUACCAUCGACACAACCCCGGAACAAGACCGCUCUCUACGAUGGAAACUUGACUUGCGACUCAUGCCCCUCCUAUGCUUCACUUAUGCACUACAGUCCAUCGAUAAGAAUACUAUAAGCUAUGCUGCUGUAUUCGGACUACGAGAGGACCUGGGGUUGAAGGGGAAUGAGUUCUCGUGGACGGGAGCGAUAUUUUAUUUGGGUUAUUUGGUGUGGGAGUUUCCCACUAGUAUGUUCUUGCAGAGAUUUCCUAUCAACUAUUUUAUGUCUGGAACGGUCAUUGCCUGGGGCGCCGUACUUAUGGCUCACGGAGCUGUACAAUCAUUCCCAGCACUGGUAGCAGUGCGCACUCUUCUCGGUGCUCUCGAGGCAGCUAUCAACCCUGGAACAAUGUUGUUGUUCAGUAUGUACUACAUGCGAAGUGAACAACCUCUCCGAAUGGGAAUAUGGAUCGGCUCAGCUGGUGUGGGGUAUAUCAUUGCUGGAAUCGCUAGUUUCGGCAUCGGACAUAUCCAAGCAUCCCUCUCGUCAUGGCGCGUACUUUUCAUUAUUUGGGGUUCAAUCACCGUCGCUUGGGGCGUCAUUCUACUAUUCUGCUUACCCGGUGCACCGAUGAGAGCAAAGUUCCUGACAGCCGAUGAGCGAGCGCGUGUUGUUGCCAGAGUCAAGGGAAACGGAACGGGUAUUGAGAAUAAGCAUUUCAAGAUGAAGCAGUUUUGGGAGGCGAUGAUGGAUCCUAAGACGUGGCUGUUGUUUUUGUUUGCUUUGACGAGUAACUCGCCCAAUGGUGGUUUGUCUGCUUUCCAAGGUCUCAUUAUAAAGGGUGCUGGAUUUAGUACACUUAUGACUACACUCUAUCAGAUGCCAUCGGGUGCUGUUCAAAUGGUUGCUUGCGUUCUAGCAUGUUGGGGGGCUUCAACCAUAAAAAACUCCCGAAUUCCCAUCAUGCUUCUCGCCCUCGUGCCAUUCCUGGCCGGCGUCUUGGGUCUACACUUUAUCCCCCACAGCGAUGCCUACGCUCGCCUCGCCUGCCUCUGGAUAUCAUUCUCGUACACAGCAACAUGGACGCUCAGCAUGGCCGUCUCAAUGGCCAACACAGCGGGCCACACCAAGAAGAUCACCACCAACGCGAUCCUGUUGAUUGGAUACUGUCUCGGUAACUUCGUAGGACCAUUCUUCUUCAAGAGCGACCAAGAGCCGCAGUAUCAGCUUGGUGUGGGAAUGAUGUUCACAUGCAUCGCCAUCCAGGUCGCUAGUCUGCUCGCGCUUUGGGGAUUGCUCUGGUGGCGAAACAGAGAGAGAAGAAAGGACAGAGUGGAAGGGGAUGAGAGUAGAGGUUGGGAGAUGGGCUUGUUGGACGUGACGGACCUCGAGAACAAACACUUUGAGUACGUAUACUAG